AUGAUUCUGACAAAAUCAAUGGAAAAGUUGACUGUUGAAUUGGGCAGUAUUUUGAAGGAUGACAUGAGAAUUGAUGGAGAUUUGGGCUGUGUGCUGUUAGAUCUUUCUUCUGAUGGUAUAAAUCGUGAAUUUGCAUUGAUGACUGACAUGAAGUGGAAGCCUGAUUAUGAUAGGUACGAACUGAAUUAUGAUAAGGAAUCAUGGAUGAAGUGUGCUGCCACAGCGGCUGCUUAUAUGUACAAGUCUGUUGGUGAGAGUGUAUCACAGCCAUUACGCGUAUGGCUAAGCAAUGCAGCGAGUGCAAUGAUUCUCCAAGGACUACUUGGAGAGUUGACUACUUCAUCAACACAAGCAGAUACGAAGAGAAAUGCAAAAUGA